AUGCCUGCUGAAGUCGACGCAAAGCCCAGAUCCAAGCAUCGAAAAUCUACUUGUGCCGGCUGUCGUAGAAGAAAGUCGAAAUGCGACGGCAAAACACCCAAGUGUACAACAUGCAUAGCCUACAAAGACGAGUGUCAUUAUGACAAGCCGCCAUCACUGGCCUAUGUGCGAUCACUGGAGGAGGAGAACCACGAGUUGAAAGCCCAGUUGCGGCAAGCCCAAAACCAAGUCUGGUUGAGUAGAGUACGGACGCUUUCUCCGGCCGUGCUCCUCGCUUGUAUUAACCUCCACCAGGCGUCUCACGAUGAGAAGAAGCCCGUUUCCGCUUCACCUGCCAGUGAUACAGCGACAUCACAAAGCUCAAGCCAACUUGCGCACCGCAGUCGUCAAGUCAAAUGGGAGACCGACAUCAGCAUGGAUGAGACGGGAAGUGUCACGUUUCACAACUCGACCUCUCCCAUCUAUGAACCUCCCAUGGCACAACACCAUCCGUCCACGCCGGUUUCUCAAGCCCAUAUGAGUGGAACCGUCCAAGAUGACCAACGUGUGCGGCGAGAUCUAAUCCUGAACGCUACCCACCAGAGACAGAUCGAGAGCUUUGCGAUUGCAAACGGCGCAGCCAAAGCCAACGUACCGAAAGAGAUUUCGCAGGAGUUGCUCAAGUACCACUGGUGUUGGAUGCAUCCUCUGUUUCUCUUCGUUUAUAGACCUGCAUUCACGCGAGGAAUGGCCAUGGUGAAUUUGAACACCCCGGGUGCCCAAGAUCCGCCUUACUUUUCAGAGACACUGUUGAAGGUUAUUUACGCCCAUUCUGCACGGUUUCUCAACCACGACGUGUAUCAGGCCCAGUAUCGAAAUGUCCUCCGUCACCAAAGUCCCAUGGCUGCUGGCCUCACAGCUGGAGAGUUCAUGCAAAAGAUUUCCGACGAAGCGAGGUUUGGAUUGGCCAUGGACAUGUUGGAAAGCAGCUCCAUCCCCACGAUCCAAGCCUUACUGCAGCAAUCCGCUCGAGAAGUGCUGUUUGGACGGCCGUCGCAAGCCUGGACGUUUUCCGGCGUCGCCUUUCGCAUGGCUUUCGACUUGGGAAUCCACCUACCUAGUGACCAACUCCAGUCAUUCGUGAAGAGCUUGACCGCCGAGGACGUCGAAGUCCGGAAACGUCUGUUUUGGAGUUGCUAUACGUGGGAUAAGAUUCUGUCGCUGUACCUUGGACGAAUGCCUGAAUUCACGCCCGAUACCGAAGAAGUGCCUCUGAAUUUCAUGGACGACUACAGUGAUAGCGACCUUUGGGCACCUUACUACGGCGAAACUCCUCAACCGGAGCUUGCCAACAAUCCGAACUAUCCCCCAUGCCCCGGCUAUGUUGUGUCCUGUUUUCGACAACUGUGCAAAAUCUGCGUCAUCCUCAACGAUCUGAUGCAGAACAUUUAUUCCCCGGAAGCUGCGGCCCGACGGGACUUGGAUGAAGAAGAAUAUUCGGGAGACACCAAAGCGGCCAACGAGGCGGCUUUCAUGCGCAUUUCCCGAGAUCUACGAGACUGGCUUAUAUGCCUGCCGUCUCACCUCAAGAUUAAUCUUGACCAAAUGUCAACCUUGGCGCCGCCGGUGCAUAUCAUGUCGCUCAACCUCCUGUAUCACACCACCCUAAUCCUCCUACAUCGACCUGUGAUCCUGGGGGCGCGUCAAAUGAACGCCCCAGGACCUGCCAGGUCAUAUCAGAUAUGCAACCAAGCCAUGGGAGCGAUCCACGACCUGAUCAUGCUGCAAGGGAAUACCUUUGGGCUUGCUCACCUUUCCUAUCUGAAUGCUUAUAGCGUUUACAUUGCAGCCACGAUAGCCAUCUUGCGGUUUGAAAGAGAGUACAAGCCGGACCAAGAUCCGUCGAUGGCGGCGCAGAAGAUAGGCCUGAGUUUCCUAUUGGAUGUGUUGCAAAAGGCGUCUAGCGCCAUGCCGGCGCUGGAAAGGAGCAAUGCCAUCAUUCGCAAACGGAUGAAGGCUGUUCUGGAACGGCAAAAGGCAUACCAAGCACGGCCAAGCUAUUCGAAUGGUUCCACCCCACCGAGAUUCAACAUGCCAACUUCAACAAGUCAACAGCUGGAUCUGGCGCAACCCACGGCUUUCCAAACACUAUCAAACCCAAACCCGGCGCUAGUCCCUGGACCGUUUUCACAUUCCCAACCCGAUACACCCGGAUCUUUUGGAGUGUCGAUGGCUUGGCCAUCUAACAUGAGGAGCAGUCUUUAUGCCGAGCCCACCCACGCGGUGGAAGAUUUUCUACCAGCUUUUCCAGGUCAACAGUUUCCUGUCGGCUCCGAACAUGGGUUUGGAAACAGUCACGUUGACCCUCACGCGAGAACUCCCUUACUGGGUUACAAUUUGGACCCUCAUCCGAGACUCAAUGCAGGUGAUAUCGAUUGGAAUUUCAUGGAUACGUUUGAAACGAACUCGGUGCAUGUGUGA